AUGAUUCAUGUCUAUGCUUCAUGUGGUGUUUGGGAAUUGGUUGUAUCUUCAGGUUGGAGUUUUAAUGUUGAUAAAAAGAAAGAGGGAAGGUUACUUGCUUUGGAAUUGAAGUCUUCUCUGGAAGAGUUACAGAAAAACGUUAUAGAGGAUUUUGGUUUUGAAGAAACAGAUGCUGAUUUGGAGUUGAGUUACCUUCCUAUUGGAUUGAUCAAUUCAUCAAAAUGUCCACCAGUGAUCAUUGGAAACUCAAGAGAAAAAUUGGCAAAGAGUCAGGUGGUGGAAUUGGUUAAGACGGGAGAUCUUUUCCUCAACAAAACAGUUUUGAAAGCGAGGUUUGAGUUAUGUGCAAUGAAGCAUAACUUUCACUACACAGUUACCAACUCCAAUAAAUCAGUUUGGUGUAUUAGAUGCGCUGAUAAGGUGAGCUUUUGGGGUGCUCGAGCUGAGUGUUUGAAGGGCUCCACAUAUUUUAUUAUUAAGAAGUAUGUCGGUGUACAUUCUUGCGCACCUUCAAACAAAACCAGUGCCGGAAAGACAGCUUCAGCGAAAACGAUAGGCAGUCUGCUAAUGCAUAAAUAUGAAGGUAUCAAGGAAGGGCCUAAAGCGAAAGAUAUUGUUCAGAUUAUGCGUAAUGAUUAUGGAUGUGAGAUCUCUAAUUCUUUAGCAUGGGAUUCCCGUGAAUAUGCAGUCAACGCUGUUAGAGGUAUUCCAGAGGAAAGUUAUGGGAAAAUACCAAAAUACUUGCACAUGCUGCGAGAGGCCAAUCCGGGUACACAUUCCUCUUACAAGACUGACGUCGAUGGUAGAUUUCGAUAUCUGUUUAUAGCGUUUGGUCAAUCGAUCAGAGGCUUUAACACAAUCAUGAGGCGUGUCAUUGUUGUCGAUGGAACAUUCUUGAAGAGUAAAUUCAAAGGGGUGCUACUGGUUGCAACUGCUAUAGAUGGAAAUUCAAAUUUAUAUCCUAUUGUAUUUGGGAUAGUAGACUCUGAGAAUGAACAGUCUUGGGAAUGGUUUAUGAGACAAUUAAAAGUUGUUGUUGCUGAUGAUAAUGGUUUGGCUUUUAUUUCGGAUAGACAAGUGUCAAUAGCGAAGGCACUGGAGAGAGUGUAUCCGCUAGCGAGACAUGGUAUUUGUAUUCAUCAUUUGUUGAAUAAUGUGAUAUCAUAUUUCAAGGGGAAGGGAUUAGCUGGGUUGAUUUCUAAGGCUUCAAAGGCUUAUAGAGUGGUUGAUUUCAAGAAGAGGUUUGCUCAUGUUUGCAAUAUCAGUCCAGCAAUUGGAAAUUAUCUUAUGGAAGCAGAUGUCAAAAAGUGGGCUAGAUGUCAAUUUCAUGGAUACAGGUAUGACAUUUGGACAAACAAUCCUGCAGAGUCGAUAAAUUCUGCGUUGCGUUCGCCGAGAGAGUUUCCCGUAAUUCCUUUGUUGGACAGUAUUAGAGAAAUGCUGACACGCUGGUUUUUUAAGCGUAAGAAGUUGAUUUCAAAGCACACCCACCGUUUGACCAUAGAUGUGGAGGAAAAGAUUGAUAGGAGAAUUGGAAAGGGGAAAACUUUCAGAGUUUACCCUGUAACCGAUAGCCAGCUGCUUGUUAAAGGCGAUACAAUUGAUUGCUUUGUUGAUUUUGACAAACGGACUUGUUCUUGUGGGAAGUACGACCUCUUGAAAAUCCCUUGUAGACACGCAAUAAAAGCUGGUUUCUUUGUUGGUAUAGAACCAUAUACAUUGACUGAUUUUUUGUAUACCACGGGAGCUUGGAGAGAAGCUUAUCAAGAAAGUAUAAAUCCCAUUUCAGUUCCUAAAGAUGGUUUGUCUGUCCCACAAGUUGUGGAAAAUUCUGAAGUGCUACCGCCUGAGACAAAAAGAUCUCUUGGAAGAAAUAGAAAACGCAGAUAUGAAACUGUUGAAGACAAAAUCCGAUCAUCACAAGGAUCACAGGGGGGUCAGUCUCGGAGUUUAGAGAAUGGAGUCAAUGGGUCACGAGGCCAAGGGGCUGCUUCCCGAGGCUCAUCACUUUCGGGCUGCGCUAAGGUCGAAGCAGCUGUUGUGUCACGUGUCUGUGUUGCCGCCGGUGCUGUUUCCUUGGUCUUUUUCGGUCCUCCUUUUUUCACCAUUUUCUGCACACAACCCUUAACAAAUGAGUUCUCAAAGAUUUAA